CUCUAACACUUUUAAACAAUACCAUGCAUUUUACAUGUGACAACAAGGACUCAUCAAAUCUUAUUGUUAUGACUCACGCAUGGGGAUAACAAUAAAAAGCAAUUAAGCUAGUGUGUAAAACAAAAGAUAUGCAAAGGUUCUUUAUGUCGACAUGAGAUCGUUACACUAGGUUGUAAAACUAGCGUACAUGUAAAGUUACAUUCAGGCGGUACUGUAGUUGUUUUCAUUUUUUUCAAAAACAAUAGACAUGCACAUACUUUUCUGUAGGUAAAAACGUUGGACUCGCAUGGUUUAAAAUGGCUAAUAAAGAUUUGUUGGGUAGUAUAAGAUUCAAGAGGAACUGGAGUUAAAAUUUAACUAAAUUUUUCUAAUUAAUUUUAUUGAAGUUAUAUAUUUAUAUGUAAUAUGUAUAUCUCUAUAAUAAUAGCAGUCACCAGUCUGUUUUCUGUUAGAUAUAUAGUAUACUUAAAGUGCAAUGUAAUCAUGAAUGAUACCCCUGCUAAUGCUUUCCAGCCCACAUUGGGUCAGAUCUUAGAGGAGCCUUCGCCAUUUGUUAAAGGGCGUUUUGACGACUCACUUUUAGAAGAUUAUGCUGUUUUGACAGAACGUGACCUUCUGAAAGCAUUAGAUUUACUUGAUGAGUCAGAACAAGAAGAAUCAAAUGCAGAAAUCUUUACUUUUGAUAAAAGAGAUGUAGACAAUACAGACAAAUGCAACAAUGAAGUUAGCAAAAACCUUAAUAGUGAAUUUGCAUCCCUUCACAAAGAUGCAAAAACAAAGAAUGAAGGAAUUAUUGAAAAGGUCUACUCCAGCAUACCAGAUUUAGACAAGAAAUCUUUAUAUGAAACAGAAGAUCAAGCAGGAGAGGAUAUAGAAAUUCGAAAAUCUGUGAGUAACAAUGUUUCAUAUGUUCUAAAUGAUUCACAAAAUGAAAAUAAUGAUUACUCAGCAAAACACAAUAAAGAUAAUGGAGUGGAACACUUUAAAGUGUGCAGUUUACAUUCUGAUGAAAGUGCUGAAAGUUUUGGUGUUCAUUUUAACUUAGUGGCAGGGCGGAAACUGUUUGCAAAAGCAGUUAAUCACAAAGGCAUGAAUAUUUACUACACACUUUCACAACACCAUGCUAGUGGUCAAUCUGACAAGGAAAUGUUGCCUUCUUUAAGCAUUGUUCUUAGUGCUUUAAAUAUUAAGAAGAAUUUUAGUGGCACCAUUGAACUAAAUAAUGAAUCUGUAUUUCAAGAGUUUGCAUAUGCUGCAAGAAAUUGUGACCUUGAGGUGGACGUUGUAAGUUCCGUUACUGCAGCAGCAGGAAUGGAAUGUUUCAGGCAAGCUGUUAAAGCAUCAACUAUGUCACAAGAUAAUGUUAUUGUCUGUUACUACAUAAGAGAAGCUCCACAACAACACUGCUGUGGCCAUUUUGGAAUUGUUAGUGGUUAUUACAAAGAAAAAGAUUUGAUUCUGCUGUCUGAUGAUGUGCUGCCAACAAGAUGGAUAUCUGUCAGCAUGAUUUGGAAGACCAUGUUUGAUGUGACAACAGAAUCCCCUUCACGUCAAAUGAAGGGAUAUUUUGUCCUUCGAAAACCUGAAAAUUCGCCUGCAAUAACAAUGAGUGUCAAUCCAAAAGUUUCCAUCAAACUAAAAUCCAACAGCGAAGAGUCCCAGAAACUUCUGAGCUUGAAAGAGGAUUGGGAAAAUUGGUUGUCCGCUACACCAAACACGGAUUGCACCGAAGAAAGCAUUUUAACAAACGGAAUAAAUCACGUGAUAGAUUUGAUAAAAAAUGGAAAAUUUGCCGGUGUACAAACUUCCGUUUCCAACGAGAAGAUUAACUUGAGCUAUAAAGAAGGUAGCUUGGUUGAUUCUGUUACCAAAACAAAGGUUUUCCAAGUUGUACAAACAGCACUUUCUGCCUUGCCUGAAGAAGAAUUGGUGAAAAUGACGCAGUUCUCCGAAUGGCUUUUUGAGGAAUUCUUUGUCGCUGGGAAAUCGUUACCAUCAAAGCAGUCCAGCGUUAAGAAGAAGAAGAAAAAGAAAAGUUUAGUUCAAACAAGUGUAAAUGUGAGUUUGUUCAAUAGUUGUGCCAUGCUGAGCACGUGCUUGCUGUUUUGGCCCUAUAACGACCAACAAAAGGUUGGCAGUAAUAAUGCUUUGGUGUUGGAUUUUUUGGGUGAAGAUAUUGAAACAUUGCCGAAAAAGACUGUUGGUAUUUUUCACGAGAAAAUCCGUUUUGUUUUGAAAGCUUUAAAAGAUUCUUGAAAUGGAAAAGAAACCUCUUUUUUCAUGGACAUAUUUUUUUGUUAUUUUUUUCCUAAAGUUAUUUUUAAUUAUACAUAUUACUAUUGAUUACUAGAUUAUUUUUUGUAAUUAUAUUUUAUUCAUAUGGAUAGAGUAAAGUUGGGUGGAUUUUGUGAAAUCAGUAGUAAGAAUGGGGGUAUUUUUGUUCACGCAAUCUCAAGAAAGAUAAGUGGGUGGGGAAAAAUGCUUUUCGAAAACCUUUAGAUAUUGGCAGUUAGUUACCUGAUUGGCAAAAGCUUUUACCCUGGGCUUAAAGCUUUCCCUAAUAAACUUUAUAAUCUACCAUUAAUUUUUUUCAACCUGUCUAGAAAUGUUUAUGAAUUUCACAACUACUUUCUCACUGAACUGUUCCAAUUUCGUUUCUACUCAGGUCAAUCAGCUAUUUUAAUACUAAUUAAAGAACUUCUGACGACAACAAGUAAGGAAAAGAUAACAAGAAAGAAAAUAAUCAAUAUUUUUGAUGCGUUUUUUAAAGCAUGGCAUUAUAAAUUACGAAUGGCAAUAUUUUACGCGCUGUAAUUUUUUUACGACCGAUAAUUUUGAGCUUUUCGAUGAAACUUUUAGGACAAGAAUUGGAUGUCUUGGAUCUUAAAAAUAUUUAGAAAGACGUGUGGCUUUCACAAUAAACAAGCCUCAGUACCAGUCCACUUUAGAUGGUGAACCGAACCGUUUAUUCACUUUUUGUGGUAAUUUUUUUGUUGUUUUAAUGGAAAUGGGUUUUUAUUAUAGUUUAUUGUAGUUUUCUAUGGAAUAAAAAACAAGGCCUCUACGACCGGUUCAUUUAUUAUAUAAAUUUUCCACGGCUUUUAUGGUGUUAUUUUUAUAAAUUUAAUAUAAUAGUUUUUAACAAUUUAUAUUUUUUUAUGUUUUUAAUUUCCAUAUUUAAAGUAUUUACUUGAAAAGAGAGAGAGUGGUAUGUAUAUUUUUAACUGUAAGUGUUGUUACUUCAUCAAGACCAGAACAUUUUUGGUCCUGUUUUUUUUUAUCUGUAUAAUCCGCUGAUUUUACUGUAAUACAUGUUGGUGUUUUA